AUGGAUUUCGUAACGGGUUUGCCAAGGACUCGGGUAGGAUUUGAUGCGGUUUUAGUGAAUCAAGUGUGUUGGGGACCGGAAUUAAUAGCUGAAACCACUGAGCAAAUCAAGCAAAUUCGAGCUAGGAUUCUAACUGCGCAAAGCCGACAAAAGAGUUAUGUGGAUCAGAGAAGAAAACCUUUAGAGUUUGAAGAAGAAAAUCAUGUAUUCUUGAAGGUUACUCCAACAAUUGGGAUCGACAGAGUAAUCAAAACAAAGAAGUUGAGCUCGAGAUACAUUGGAUCAUUUGAGGUGUUGAGGCGAAUCGAGCUGGUAGCUUAUCACGUGGCCUUGCUGCCACAUCUUUCUAACCUACUUGACGUAUUCCAUGUGUCACAACUCCGUAAGUGCACACCGGAUGCGUCUCAUGUGUUAGAGCCCGAACCGAUUCAGUUGAAAGAGAACCUGACAUUUCAAGUCACACCAGUAUGGAUUGAUGACACUAGUGUGAAGAAGUUACAAGGAAAAGAAGUUCUGUUGGUAAAAGUAGCCUGGAGUAGAUCCAAAAUGGAAGAACAUACUUGGGAGUUAGAGUCGGAAGUGCGAAAGGGCUAUCCCGAGUUAUUCUCAGAUAAAUCCUAA